AUGGCAGAAGCUUUUGUCUCUUUUCUCAUUGAGAGAGUUGAAGGAGUAUUGAAAAUAAACAAAGGUACCAUUUUAUGUGGUGCAAAACAGUAUGUUAAAGAUCUCCAAACAGAACUCAAGAAAAUGAAGCUUUUACUUAAAGAUGCUGAAGAAAAACAAAAGGAAAACAAAAAAUUAUGUGAUAUGAUUCAGAAUAUUCGAAGGGUUGCCUUCAAGAUCGAUGAUGAAGUAGAAAAUUACUACUUUGAGGUAGCGAAAAGUCGAAAAAUAUGGUUCAAAGGAGUUAUGGCACAUUAUAAGAGGAUAUAUUAUGGUAGGCAAAAGAAGUUUCAGUUGAGAAUGGUUGCAUAUAAAAGUAAUGUGAAAUGGUACACAAGGAAAUUGGAGUUUUAUGGUGUGAAGAAGAUAGUGCAUGGAAAAGAUUACGAUAAAAGGGUUGAUGGCAUAUACAGAUGGGAAGAAACUACUACUACGGUUAAGAUAAUAGAGGGUGAGUUUAAAGAACGUGAGAAGUCAAAGUUUGUAAGUAUGUAUGUGUUUAAUCAUGAGAAUAAGGUGUUGGAUCAAAGUUUUGAAAGAAUUUGA